GACUUAGCACCGGAGGGGUCCUGGGGCGGAGCCUGUGGGUCCCUCAUGGGCGCGGCUCUUUCUGGAAUGGUUACUUGCGGAGGUUUUGGACGCAGAGAGCUUUCCAGAGAGCUUUCCGUUGAGCUCUGGCUGGCCCCGUGGGUGUAGACCGGGAGCACGGCAGGGCCGAGCGAGCUUCCUGAGGCCUGUGGGCGUGAGCGCCCUAUGGGGGGUCCGCUGUGUGGUGGGGGAAGAGGUGUUUCCUGCCCUGUAGGGGUGGGGGUGGAGGGCCUUUUCUCUGGGGCUUCUCUCUUGCAUUUUGGAGCUGUCUUGGGCUCUGCAGGGUGUGGAACAGCAUCCCUGGCCCCCACCCCCUCGAUGCCAGAAGCCACAGAUGUCCCCAGACGUGGUCCAGUGUCCCCUGGGUGCAGGAUUGUCCAGGUGAGACCCCUGUUUGGGAGCAUUUGCUCUUUGAGGCCUGGUUCCCAGUGUGUCCAUGCCGCUCGCUCCCGUGGGUUGGGACGUGUGUCCCAGGGCUGGUUGGACGCCUGUACAGUUGGCUGUGAUGCUGGGGGCUGCUCCGCUUGACUCACUUCUGGUUCCGGCCGUUGCAGUGGGCCCCAGCACCUGGACCUGGUGGCGUGCUGCCCUCUGUGCGGGGCCCCUCCUCAGAGCCCCUGCCCUGGGCUGCGCUGGACCUCUGUAGCUUCAGCUCUGACCCCUUCCUCGGCGGGGCACACCGAGGCUUAGAAGGGUCAGGGGACUCGGCCAAGGUCACUCCCAGGGUGGCCAGGCUAGAAUUGGGGGCACCCCUGCAGGCGAGCGGGGCUGUGUUUCAGCGGAGGUCGUUGUCUGGGGGGCUCCGGCCGGCGGGGGUCGGUGGGCUGUGGUGUCUGUCGGGAGCUGGCGCGCCUCCCACGUGCUGAGCGAAGGUUGGCCCAGGCUUUCCAUGUGUUGUGCAGCCCCAUAGUUUGUGAGAGGUGAUCUCACCGGCCAGCGGAGGGAAGCCUGGUCUGCGGGGUGAGACCCCUGCCCCGACCACUGUCUUUGGGGUGUCCAGUCUGUCGCAGCAGAAGGGCUGAAAGUGGGGUGGCUCCUUGGCUGCAGAAAGGCGUGAACACAGGCUGUCGAGGAGAGGGCGGCCUGUCGGACGGUGUGAGGGGUCCUGGCCUCGGCCCCCUGCCCUCCUGGGCGCGGCCUGUGGUGCCUGCCGUGGGCAGCCUGGGCCGGGGAAGCCACCGGAACCUGACUUUCUGGCGUACGUACCACACAGUUGCCCUAAAGUACCCAGAGCAAGAACAGGGGAGUCAUCCAGAGCAGGGGAGUCAUCCAGAGCAGUUUUCCAUUCAGCAGCCGGAAGAGGGUGAGUGUUUCCCGGAUCCCAGCACCCGGUCACUUGUGCCGAACCCCUUCCUGGAGGAAGGCAGCGACCGCACCCCGGCAGUCAGGGUGCAGGCCCCGGGAGCCAACGCUGACUGCAGACCUCCUCUCGGGUCUCCAGGGAUGGAGGGGUGUGACAGAGCCAGGAGGUCCCCUGGGGGCGGGGCGGGGUCUGUGGGAGGGCCCCCCAGUUUCCAUCUUCAGCUGAGUGAUGACUCUGGCACCCUUCAGAGCAGGGAAGGGCUGGAGAGAGGCUGCCACGCGGGGUCAGCUGAUCCUUCAUCUGCUGAGUCGUGUGUAAGCGCCCAGAAAGGCCUGAGGUCAUCUGGUGCCAGCAAGUCUGUCUGGGCCACCCCCCGACGGCGGCAGGGUGGGCAGAGCCCGGCGCCCUGUGCAGGUGUGUUGGCUGCGAUACCGGCGAUGGCGCCAAGUCUGCCUAGAGCCCCCGAGUCCCUGCCACCGCGGGUCAGUGAGGUCUCCCUGGGCCUUCCGGAACCUUCUAUCUGCAGACAGGGAGCAGGAGGAAAGGAAACAUAUAAAGCACCCAGCACAGCGCUGGCAUGGGGUCUCCGGUCACAUAGAGCUCUCUCCUGUGCCAGCUGUGCUCCUGACAUCUUCUCAGGGGUGAGCAGCUUUCGCCUCCUAGUUUAUAUAACUUGGGACUCGCAGAGCAGUGACAGGAACAGGGGCACAGUCGCCACGACCUCCUCACGCCGGCCCCGCUGCGUGCUUUCCGUGCCGCGUUCCAGCCCUGUGCGCCUCUGGACGCUCCUGUGUGUCCUGUUUUCCAAGAACAGAAACAUUUUCUAAAUACAGCACAGUGAUAAAAUCAGGAAGCACAUAUCAACACCAUAUCAUCGUCUAAUCCACGGGGCAGAUUCCGGUUUUGUCAAUUUGCACAGGGCACCUGUCCGAAAGGACAGCCCGGGCCACCCUGCCACGUCUGAGCUCCAGGGACCUCCCCAGUGAUUUGUGGGUCCUUACUUGUGACCACGUGCUGCAUAUCCCAGCUUUGUCCUAAAGCCCUCACCCCCGCUGUCGUCCGAGUUUGUUGCGUGGGAUCUCAGCUCUGGACUUGGAAACCUUUGGUGUUUGCUGAGCAGUUGGGAAGCUGCCCCGUGAUCCUGCUCCCAAACUGGCACGGAAGCUCUUUGUGGGCGGUCUUGACUGGAGCACCACCCAAGAGACGCUGCGCAGCUACUUUUCCCAGUAUGGAGAGGUUGUGGACUGCGUGAUCAUGAAAGACAAGACAACCAACCAGUCUCGAGGGUUUGGGUUCGUCAAAUUCAAAGACCCAAACUGCGUGGGCACAGUACUGGCCAGCAGACCACACACCCUCGAUGGCCGAAACAUCGAUCCAAAGCCAUGUACGCCUCGGGGGAUGCAGCCGGAGAGGACGCGGCCGAAGGAAGGCUGGCAGAAAGGACCCAGGAGUGAUAACAGUAAAUCAAAUAAGAUAUUUGUCGGUGGAAUUCCUCACAAUUGUGGUGAGACAGAGCUCAGGGAAUACUUCAAGAAAUUCGGAGUGGUCACGGAAGUGGUCAUGAUCUACGAUGCGGAAAAGCAGAGGCCUCGAGGUUUUGGAUUUAUUACUUUCGAGGACGAACAAUCAGUGGACCAGGCUGUCAACAUGCAUUUUCACGACAUCAUGGGCAAAAAAGUGGAAGUUAAACGGGCCGAGCCACGGGACAGCAAAAGCCAAGCGCCGGGCCAGCCGGGGGCCAGCCAGUGGGGCAGCCGGGUCGUGCCCAGUGCCGCCAACGGCUGGGCAGGUCAGCCCCCACCCACGUGGCAGCAGGGGUACGGCCCACAAGGGAUGUGGGUGCCAGCAGGACAGGCAAUCGGUGGCUACGGACCGCCCCCCGCGGGAAGAGGAGCCCCGCCGCCGCCCCCGCCCUUCACUUCUUACAUCGUGUCCACCCCUCCCGGAGGGUUCCCCCCUCCCCAGGGCUUCCCCCAGGGCUACGGCGCGCCCCCGCAGUUCAGUUUUGGUUACGGUCCUCCACCUCCCCCACCGGAUCAGUUCGCCCCCCCGGGGGUCCCCCCGCCACCGGCCACUCCGGGGGCUGCGCCUCUGGCCUUCCCGCCACCUCCGUCUCAGGCCGCCCCGGACAUGAGCAAACCGCCGUCGGCGCAGCCCGACUUCCCGUACAGCCAGUACGGUUACGGACAGGACUUGGCGGGCUUUGGACAGGGCUUCUCAGACCCCAGCCAGCAGCCCCCCUCCUACGGGGGCCCCUCGGUGCCCGGCUCGGGGGGUCCCCCCGCCGGCGGAAGUGGCUUUGGACGCGGUCAGAACCACAACGUACAAGGAUUCCACCCCUACCGACGCUAGCCGCAGCACCUAGAGGAUGUCAGACGGCUGAGGCCAGGAUUCAAACUUGUGAACUCGUGACAAUCACAAACUUGGGGAAAAUACCAACUGGAGUGUGGGGGGCUUCUGGCGGUGGCUGUGGGCAUCUGGACCGAAGUUUUUAAACGUAUUCUUUCUCUAACCCAUCAGCUCAAUAAAAAAGUCACUGGUUCAACAACAGGGUUAAAAAAAUUCUUCAGCUUUAAUUCAAAACUUCAGGUUUCUUUUUCUUCCUUUUUUUUGAAAUUAUUUUCCUGAGCCUUUAUUUUACCGUAUAUUGUAAACUUUUAUGUUAAAGAAAAAAAUAUACAUUUACAAAUUGUGAGAUUUUUAAGAGAAAUUUUCUACAAUGUAUACUCGCUUAUUUUUUAAUUUAAAACAGGGUUUCUGUCGGCACUGGUGGAGGUGAGGGGCGUUUUUAGUCCCUCACUCCUGGCUUUGAGGGUUGGGACUCGUUGGUCCAGAAACUCUGGGAGCUUAAAGAAGAAAUCUACUGAGUGUGUUUUGUUUUUUGUUUAUUCUUUGCUUUUGUCGACUGGCGUGCCUGGCCACGUCUGCAGGUGCGCCGUGGGCCGUGCUCGCCUGCGUCCGCCCUGGCGUCAAGGACCAGGAGGCCGGGCCAGCCCAUCUCCCGCGCUUGGGGCUUCAGGGCAUCCCCGCUGACCGGUUUGAAUAAAGAAAGUGCGUUUG